UAAAGUACUAAUUUAUAUUACAAAUAUGUUCCUACACUAACAAAAUUUUAGUUGUGAUAGAUAGUUAUAAAAUGCUAUGAUCCAACCGGUUAGUAAAAAUUGACCAAAGAAGGUAGGUAAAGAGUUGCACCGGAGCAAAUUCGCGUCCAAAGAGGAGACACACUUUACCCAAAAUUUCCGGACAAGUUCUUGGAAAUUUCUGGUGAACCAUUAUAAAUUAAUCUCAACUUUCUGUCGCCGUCCUACACACAGACCUUCAAUUCUUCCCGCCGGCGACAAAAAAUCGGUUACAAUCACUUGCAUCCCUCUUCACCCAAAUUCCAUAUUUCCGAUCAAACGGUUAAAUCUGUAUGAAUUGAAAUUCAGCCUUGAACUUCAGUUCUUAUUCGCCGGCGACAAUCAACAGGCAAGAGUUGCUUUCCAUCCUUUUUCACCUGAACCCAUUUCGAAAUCAUGGAGUGCGAGAUGGCCGGAAACACCAUUCACGCCGACCUAUACAUCACGUCCACAACCACUCGAUACAGACGCCUCUGGAAGCGCAGUAUUUCCGUCGGCGUUCUCGUUACGAUCAAGAAGAAGCCAUCGCCUUCGGACGUACCUCUUCCACCAACCCCCACCGCGGAACAACCUAGAAGAACCUCCUCUUCCCAAUCCCACGUCGCCGUCGAAAUUCACGACGGUGAAGACGGAGAACAGCUCCUUCGGGACACCGUUGAUGGAAUUGUGAAGCAGAAGGACUGGGGUAAGCUGAGAGAUUUCGGUGACACCCAACGAGUCGCCUCAAUUUUCCGUUCUGAUUUGGAGAGGGGACUUCCCGACGAAAACCCUAGCCAGGAAGCUUAUAACCCAUUUCGGGCAAGGGGUUUUUUGCCCUUCCUGUUGAAGGCUUGCAGCAGUUACACCAUAUUUCUCCUCUUGAUCUCGGCUGUGCUCUCUCUCGUCACCCAAAUGUUUGAAAGAAGUCCAAAAUACGGGUUUCAGGAGGGUACUAUUAUAUUGGUGGCGGUUUUCUUUCUUGUGACUUGCCCUGCUGUGAAGAACUUCCUUGAAGAACAAAAGCUGGAGAAGAAGAUGCUGAUGAAAGAGAAGAAUUUGGAAGUUAAAGUUACAAGAAAUGGGAAGUUCAAAUUGGUUGCUGUUUGUGAUGUUGUGAAGGGCGACAUGGUGAUCUUGGAGGAGGGGGAUCGGAUUCCAGGAGACGGGUUGUUUGUUGCUGGUGCUGGAUUGGUGCUAGAUGAGGUGCUUGACCCCACAAUAGAUUCUGAUCGGAACCCCUUCCUUUCGUUUGGUUCAAAGGUUAUCAAGGGGAAUGGACGCAUGAUUGUUACAUCUGUUGGUACCAAUACGUCAAUGGGAAAGGUAAUGAGCACGGUGAAUCAUAAUCCAAAUCAGCCAAACCUUUUACAGAGUCGGAUUGAAAAGCCAAACAAUUAUGCAGAUAAAAUUGCACUCUGUAUAUCUAUACUGAUUACUCUUGUGUUGUUUCUACGUUUCUUGAGUAAAAAACAUGAUGGUGAUGAUAAUAGAAUCCCAGAAAUGAAGGGUAAACUGCCAGUGGAGGAGUUGAUGAAGAUUUUUGAGAGAAAUCUUCUGAAACCCCGAGGGUUGGUUUCUGUUUUAGCUUCACUUACUGUAGUGGUGCUAGGAUUUCAGCAUGGGAUGCCUCUGGUCAUUACUGUUUCCCUUGGUUACUGGAAUGAGAAGGUAGAGUGUGUUAAUGAACUUAAUGCCAAUCCUCAAAAUUUAUCAGCUUUUGGCACCAUGGGCUUCACCACAGUCAUCUGCAUUGACGUUUCUGGUGGACUCACAUGUAACCAGAUGGAGGUGGAGGGGGUUAACAAGUUCUUUAUUGGUGAAAAGGAAUAUAAUCAUGGAGAUGACUUGGGUACAUCCCAAGUUGUUCUUGAAGUUCUGCAACAAAGAAUAUCAGUUCUCAUGCCCGAGAAUCUGAAGAGCCCAGAAGAUGGUUUGCUGAAUUCAUGGGUGCAGUCAAAGUGGGGUACGAGUGUUGAGUUUUCAGAAGAAAGUUUCUCCAUCAUUGAUUCCAGGAGAUUGAGCUGCGAUAGGAAAGGCAGUGGGGUCCUGAUGCAGAAAAAUGAUGAUGAGAAUAUGCACUUGCAUUGGAAAGGAUCUGCAAAGACUAUACUAGGGAUGUGCUCGUGCUACUUUGAUUGUGGAGGGAAAACCCAUGCCCUGGAAAAUCAGAAAAGCAAGUUUGAGCAAGUAGUUAAGAAUAUGGAGGACAAUGGUCUUAUACCCAUUGCAUUUGCUUAUAAAAAAAUGGAAAAAACGGAGGUUCAAGAAAUUAGAGAAGAUGGGCUGAUCUUGUUGGCACUGGUAGGAUUAAAGCCAUGUCGAGAAGAGAUUAAAUUAGCCUUGGCUGACCUUAGAAGUAAGGGAGUGAGCAUCAAAUUGGUGUCAGGUGAUGAGCUACAAAAGGCAAAAGCCUUAGCUGGUGAGCUUGGAAUAUUUAAGCCUGAUUCUAAUGAUGUUGCACUUGAAGGUGAAGAAUUCCGGCAGCUCAACGAUGACAAUAGAAUGAAAAAGAUUGAUGAGAUUACAGUCAUGGGCAGAUCCGGACCUGAUGAGAAGCUUCGCAUGGUGCAGCGCUUGAAAAAAAAAGGCCAUGUAGUUGCUUUCUAUGGAGGGUUGACAACAGGCGACACUGCAGCUCUAAAAGAAGCUGAUAUAGGGAUCACUGAGAAAAGUCUGAGCACCGAAAUGGCCACAGAGAGUUCUGAUAUUGUUAUUACUUCAGGCAGAGGUUUGCGCUCAUUAACUGAACUCUUAAAAUACGGUAGAUGUGUUUACUGUAACAUUCAGAUAUUUAUUCAAGUCCAGCUCACUGCUUGUAUGUCUGGGUUACUGAUAACUACCAUUGCCACAAUAUGUUGGGGAGAAUCUCCUAUAUCAGCAAUUCAAUUGGUGUGGGUGAAUUUCAUUGUGUUCUUUUUGGGUGGCACCAUGAUGGUAAUGGAGCUUCCAGCUCGGGUACUAAUAACGGAACAACCACAACCUAAAAGAACCGAAUCAGUGAUGAUUGGUGUCAUGUGGAGAAACUUCAUAAUCCAAGUCUUGUACCAGGCUUCAGUCUUGCUGAUCUUUCAGUUUGAGGGACAAUCCAUUCGUGGCAUGAACAAGAAGGUGAUGGAAUCCAUGAUUUUCAACAGCUUCACCCUCUGCCAGGUCUUCAAUCUGUUCAAUGCCAUGGAACUGAAAAAGAAGGAAGUGUUUCUGGUGGUCAUCCGACACCAUUGGUUUAUGAUCACUCUAGUGGCUGUGAUGGUCGUGCACGGGGUAAUUGUGGAGUUUGUGGCACCUAUGGUUGGUUAUGCGAGGUUGGACUGGGUGCAAUGGGCUUUCUGUUUCCUCAUUGCAGUGCUUUCUUGGGGUCUCGACCUCGCCUUGGAAUUCCUUUAUGUCUUCCUCAGUGAAUUGUCUAUUGGAUCAGUUCGUUCAGGCAUGGGUGCUUUCCUAGCGACAACACCUUCACCCCAUUUUGUUUACAUGGGCUUAUCAUUUUCUAUGUUCCUGUUCUUCUCUUGUUCAUAUUAUUUCAACACAGGUACAGCGCAGAAUUUGCGCUGAUUGGCUACCUAGCAUUUACUGUGGAUAUAGUGUGGUGAAGGUCGAGUCCUCUCAUUGCUCAAAUGCUCACACGGGGGUGCGGCCCUACGGAUCAAACUGUCCCGAUCUGCCUUUGUAAUAAGUCUGAUUGUUGUAUGUAGCAUAUAUGUAUGUUCAUUGGAGGCUACUAUUUUCAUUGUUGCUCAUGCCUGUACAAUACUAUAACAUGAGCAGGAAAAUUUGUGAUGCUACCUCUCUUAUUUAUUUAUUUAUUAUUUACAUUAAUUGUAA